ACGAGAAAACUGUCUUGACAGGUUCCGGCCAUGUCUGGUACAGUCGGGAAUGCGACAGCUCUUCGUAACCUCGCCGAGGAUCUGUUGACGUCAGAGGAAAAUGGCGCCUUCAGGGAAGCGUUGGGCAACUACCGCCAGACGGGCUCCUUGCCCUCAUUGGUCAAGCAACUGAGUCACGUGAUAAAAACUACUGAGAAGCUGAUGCUGCUCGUGGAGAUCAGCAGUGUCUUGUCUCAGGGUUUGAGGGCCGACUUCCACAAGUUGUGCUGCCUGUACUUCCCAACACAUGGCGCCAGUCCCAGCCGUCCCUCGGCCAAGGUCAUGGCAGCAUCAGCAUCAGAAACCGCGCACGCUCACUGCGCAUACUCAGCGGAUCCCUUCCUACAGUGAUACCGGCACAAGGAACGCCCACAAACGCACGCAGGGCAGAGGGGCGGGCCAGGGUGCUGCUAAAACGACAGGAAGACGGCUCUCUGGGCAUGGGCAUACAAGGCGGGAAAGAGUACAACUCUCCCAUCUCGGUCUACUCUGUGGAGCCAGGGAGUCAGGGCGACGUUCAGGGUCUUCGAGUUGGGGACGAAAUCCUGGAUGUGAACGGCACCGACUUUAGCGACAUCACUCACGCAGAGGCCGUGACGCUGAUCCGGAACGCUUGGAACGUCAUCCUAACAGUUCAUCGUUCCGGGUCAAGUAAUAAUGACUUGAUUGAUGGCGGCCAGCUGACAUCUGCAGGAGAAGAGAUCAAACUCACGGUGUACCCGUCCAAAAAGGGAAAGUUGGGCUGUGGUGUUCACAGGGAAAGAAUCGCGUAACAAGAGGCCCCAGACAUUACAACAAGAAGAAUUUGACAACAUGUUCUCUCCCUUGACGCUCGACUUAUCCCCCCUUGGCCUUGACUCGGAUGAAGACGAUCUUACGACAUUCGCCUCCUCCACCCCACGUAGACCCAGUAGGUCUCAAAGCGAAGAAAAUAGGUCCACUGCCAAGCAAAGGCAGGGUAUGCAACAAGAAAUGCGAACCAGAAGCAUUUCACAGUUGCCCUCAGACCGAAAGUACACCAUAGCCCCUGAAGCAGAGACAAGGGUUAAAUUUCAAGUUGAGGUCGAAGUUCAUCAAGGAAGUACACAUGGAGAGGAGUCAGCGGUCACGGAUGAAAAUGACGGAAUUUUGGACAAGGAACGUCUACGGUCGACCCCUUCGCCACCUUCCUCUCGUUCGUUCAAAGACACGAAUAUCGUCAGUCGUGAAAAUGGUGGUUGUAACAAAAUCAAUCAUAUCAGCAACAACGACAGCAGCAGUAACAACAAUGAGGACGACAACAACAACAACAAUAAUACCACGAACAACAACAACAAUCAGAUGAAUGUCGUCAGCAGCACUAACAGCAACACCUUGGAAAAACCUUACCCUGAACUAAUGACUAUUGGAGGACAACAACGAAUGUACCGGCCUCGCGUGGUCACGGUACCUAACCACAAUCAUCACCACCACCACCACUAUCAUCAACAACACCGUCAGCAUUCGCCUCACGGCCUUCAACCCAGAGGAGGUUCAGCCCACCACCCUCACCAGUCCGCCAAACCCCUGGGCCGCUACAUCCAGGGACCUCAAGCCGCCUUGCCUUCUCGCCUUGCCAUGAUGUACUCUCCUAACACCAACGUUGCCUUCAGCCGUGGCAGAGACAGAGAGAGAACUCCGCGAGCCCAGAAGAAAACAGCCAGCAGUUCCUCCGCUUCCAGUAAGAUGAAGAUCAUAAGGAACCGAAGCCAUUCUCCUCAAGUCACGGCACGUCCACAGAGAGAUCGGGAAUUCCUGAAAGCGAUUCAGAACAGCGUGGAGCGCCGCCAGAGGGCGCACCGACUGUCGCUUUAUCAGCUUCCGGAUCAGGACGAUGACGUGUGGAACAUUUCUUGAUGACUUAAAAUAAGUUGAAACAAAAACAGUAAAGAAACUUUGUGAGAAUUGCAGUAUUGACUAUUUUCGAAGCCACGUUGCAGAAAUUUGGCGCACUCGUGGAAGGCCAUUUUACUUGAUGAUAUUAAAGUUAAAGUAUUUAAUGGUCAGUUAUGUACGAUAUCGCUGUUUGGUCCCAAGCUCAAGAACAUUUGUCAUUUUUUGUCAUGGAAGUGAAUGUUUAGCUGCUGAACAUUUUCCGGCACCCCAGGCCUGAAGAAGUAGGACAGCGCGGCAAUAUGUCUGGAAAAACAUGUAUAGAGGUCUUAGGUUUUUUUCCUUGCUAAAAUCCAGUGACUUUCUCUUUCAAGGAUGUGGUUUUUAUAAAACGUGUGUAUAUCAUGCGCGAGUGUGUGUUUCCAUGUGUAGGCCUAUGUGUGUGUCUAUG